CCUUCUUGAGACUAAGCUCAACGAUAUGUGGUGGAAGAUAGAGUGGUCAGAACUUAAGUUUAUAGAAACAAGUCAAAUCGGUUCAUCUCUAAGUUUCUCGAGAAGUCAUCGAAGUAAAUCAACUCCUACAACGAAAGCCUCAAUUUCAAGCGCAGGGGCAACAUUACAACUUGCACCAGGUGUUCGUAUUGCAUUAUAUAAGGGUCAAAAAGUGGCUGUGAAAAAUUUAAAUAUGGAAAAUUUCCGAUUAUCGAGAGCCAUGUUAGUUGAAAUCAAAUUGAUUAGGGAUAUGACGCAUGACAACCUUUUACGAUUUGUUGGUCUCAGUGUGACUGCCCCAAACUUUGCAAUCGUUACAGAUUUUGCUACAAGAGGAACUUUGACGAACAUGUUGUCUAACCGAUCGGUUAAUAUUGAUUGGCUAUUCAGCUGCUCUAUUAUAACGGAUAUAGCAGAAGGAAUGUAUUUUAUUCAUUCAAGUGAAAUGAAAUACCAUGGACGUUUAAAAUCUGAAAACUGUUUAAUUGAUGGCCGUUUCGUGGUGAAGCUAAGUAAUUACGGUCUUAAAGAUCUUAUAAAGCAAGAGUUUCAGCCACAAGAAGAAGAUGCCCCCUCCUUAUUGUGGACAGCACCAGAGCAUCUUCGUCAAAAAUACCCACGACUAUCAGGAUCGAAAAAAGGAGAUGUGUAUUCAUUCGCCAUAGUUCUUCAGGAAGUAAUGACUCGGAAAGAACCCUUCUAUGCAAAAGAAAGGAGUGGCAGAAUAUCUCAAUUUCUGAGUCCUGAGGACAUCGUAGACCGUCUUCGAAUGGGUACAAGUCCUCCUUUCAGACCAGAAAUUGCUCAAGACGAAUGCCCGGCAGACAUGCUUCAACUCAUUACGCAAUGCUGGGAAGAAAGUCCUGAUCUGCGACCAAGUUUUUCAGAAGUCAAGCACAGAUUAAAAAGAAUCACUAGAGGAAUGUCAAGCAAAAACUUCCUGGAUAAUUUAUUGACCAGGAUGGAGCAAUAUGCGAAUGACUUGGAAAGUUUAGUAGAUGAAAAAACUCAAUCACUUCACGACGAGAAACGAAAAACAGAUGAAUUGCUUUAUCAAAUGAUUCCUAAAUAUGUCGCUGAAGAAUUAAAGAAGGGAUGUCAUGUAAAACCGGAGUUCUUUGAUUCUGUUACUAUUUUCUUUAGUGAUAUCGUAGGUUUCACACAGCUGUCUGCUGAAAGCUCACCUAUGCAGGUUGUUGAUUUUUUGAAUGAUCUUUAUUCUUGCUUUGAUUCAAUCAUCGAACACUUCGAUGUGUAUAAGGUUGAAACUAUUGGAGACGCUUACAUGGUAGCCUCCGGUCUUCCUGAAAGAAAUGGAAUCGAACAUGCCAGAGAAAUAGCUAGAUUAGCUUUACAAUUGCUGCGGUCCUUAGAAAAUUUCAAAAUUCGCCACAAACCUAAUACUAAACUUAAACUACGGAUAGGAAUACAUUCUGGUACUUGUGUUGCUGGUGUAGUCGGCAUGAAAAUGCCUCGAUACUGUUUAUUUGGAGAUACAGUAAAUACAGCUUCGAGAAUGGAAUCAACAGGUGAAGAAUUAAAGAAGGGAUGUCAUGUAAAACCGGAGUUCUUUGAUUCUGUCACCAUUUUCUUUAGUGAUAUCGUAGGUUUCACUCAGCUGUCUGCUGAAAGCUCACCUAUGCAGGUUGUUGACUUUCUGAAUGAUCUUUAUUCUUGUUUUGAUUCAAUCAUCGAGCACUUUGAUGUGUAUAAGGUUGAAACCAUUGGAGACGCUUACAUGGUAGCCUCCGGUCUUCCUGAAAGAAAUGGAAUCGAACAUGCCAGAGAAAUAGCUAGAUUAGCCUUGCAAUUGCUGCGGUCCUUAGAAAAUUUCAAAAUUCGCCACAAGCCAAAUACUAAGCUUAAACUGCGGAUAGGAAUACAUUCUGGUACUUGUGUUGCUGGUGUAGUCGGCAUGAAAAUGCCUCGAUACUGUUUAUUUGGAGAUACAGUAAAUACAGCUUCGAGAAUGGAAUCAACAGGUGAAGCUUUGAAAAUUCACGUCAGUCAUGAGACGAAACGACUUUUAGACGAGUUCAAAACUUUCAACAUUAUUUAUAGAGGAGAAACUGAAGUGAAAGGAAAAGGAAUGAUGAAGACCUAUUGGCUUCAUAAUGAAGUGGAAACAACACAUUUUUAGGGAUUUACCAGUAAAAUAAUUGCAAUAUGGUACAAUCUAUAAUGAAACCUAUAUUUUAGUAGUUCCUGAAGAGCACAUAUCUAGAUAAAAAUAGAACCUGAAUAGAAAUCUGCAAGAAAGUCUGAUGUAUAGGCACAUAGCAAAGUGUCAAAGUAUUUAGUGUACCAAGGAAAACACAAUAUUUUGUCAACGAAAAUCUUAAUAUCCAUCACAUAGUCUUGCAACAUAAACAGAUAAUUGUUCACUUCUUGUAAACAUAGUCAAAAUUAAAAUUUCAGUCAAAAAUAAACAAUUAAAUACUAAAAGAAA